CUUUAUUUUCAACUGCCGGUCCGUCCUUAGAGAUCAUCUUGUAGAUCCUCUUGCCACGACCAAUUGCACCAAGAAUUGUUCACGACUUCCGAACAACUGGACCAAAAAUCAUGUCCAAAACCAACCGCACUGCUUCCACCAGCCGACUUUACGAGCGUUUUAUCGACCCCGGAACGGAUCCACUAUGGAUGCGCAUUUUGAUGCUCUGCCUGAUCGUGAUGUGCGUCGUUUGUUACGCGUACGACUGCUACUUGUCCGGCACCCUGUGCCCACAACGAAAAGCGGUAAAUCACGUGCGGCCGCCGAAAAUCGUCCGGAUGCAACAGUUGGCCGACCGAGGAAAGAAAAUCGCGAAGAAAAAUGAAGAGAGAGAAGACAAAACAAGAAGCGGCGGUGCUGCUCUAACAGAUGGCGGAGAGGAGGUUGCUGGUGGGGGACUAGAGCUGCAGCAAGGCGAAGAGCCGAAGCUACCGGAGGAAAAGAAGAACGAGUAGAGGCUCAUCUACAACGUGGCUGCUGCUCUGCAUGAUCCAUGAUCAUGCCCACGGUUAUUUCUACGACAACUUCUGAUGCUGCAGAGCAGCAGGGCCAGGGGCACGCGCAAGCCAACAUCUCCCGCUCCUUCGAUUUCCUGUUCCUCGUGAACCUGGCUUCCGCCGCGCACGUGCAGCCUUUGGUGCGGAUAGCGAAAGGACUUGCUGAUGCUGUCACGCAAGAGAAAAGCGACUCGCAAUUGGAAUUGCAUAACCGCAGGACCAAUUUUUUCGUCACCAACAUCCACGUGAUGAUCCUGGCGGAUUCUCAAGUGGGGAAUUACACGGCGGAACAAGCGAGGGACGAAUUUCUGGAGGUCGUUGCAUCUGAGGACGCCGGGUGCGGAAUUGAUGCUCGUCGAACGGGCGCCCAGAACGACGCUCACCUGUCCGUCACGAUAUCAGAUCCAAGCACGAGGACACGACAGGAAUCUGCACCAGCCCCUCCUGCGCAUUCCAUCAAAACGGAGUCGCAAUUUUCCACCGCGCUGCAGUGGGCGGAUGGAAUCGUGAAUCGUGCAGACGAAGAUCAUGCUCAUCUUAGCGGCACGUCGAGGACCACAUCCACACAAGGAGAAGUUGGUGCGUUGCUGAAGACUACAACUACCACCUCUACGUCGUGGUCCCAGUCUUUGUCUACAACUGCUUUCCUCUACGACGUCGCGACCCCCUGGGCUUUAUGAAAUGCAAAAGCAUCGUACUAGUAUAAAUCGCAUGACAAAUCUCCUCAGCAUGAGAAAUAGAAUUUGCAAUGCGGAUUUACAUUGAGAAAGAAAUCUGUAAUGCAUGACUGCGAUUACUACGAGUACGAUACUUUUGCACUGCAUAGGCUUCUCUCGUCGCCAACUCGCUCGGGAUAAAACAUCCGAUUUGCACAGUUUCGUGCUGUAUCACCUGCAAAAAUGGCUGGGUCUGGAAAGACGGAACUUGUGAUGCGCAUCUCACACCACACAAAAAUCUCUCAUGCAUAGACAGCAAGAGUUGCCCACUUUUGUCACCGAAAAAAUAGGCGAUUUGUCAUGCGGAUUAGGCAUCGACGCAGCUUCUCAAAACCUGUGAUGUUAGACCUUGCUUGCCAGACCUUCCGGGUCAUGCAAAAACAGCAUGGCAAAAAUCUGCACCCUUCCAGACCCAGACAUCUUUGCAUUUGAUAUGCUGGAUCGACUUGACAUUCCCGCCGACUGGAGCGGCCUUGUCGCUGUGCUUCUCUGUUCCGGAACUAGCGCCGAUUGCGGUGCAGAGGAAGGUUAAAGAAGCUGAGGAGAAAGAAAAAGCUGCGAGGAUGAAUCAUGGCCGAGACGGCGACACGACUGCAAAAGAUGCCGCGACUUCUACUGCGAAGGGCAAAGUGGUGUUUCUCGGCAUUGAUCCGAUCGCGCGGCCGUGGGACGACGUCAAUACUGCGCGUAGACAGCAGCUGCUUCCACCCGACGUCCCAAUGAGAAUCAGAAUCUUCCAAGACGAGCAAACGCAGGAGCUGGUGAGCAGUGCUUCCCGAGUGAUCUACGUCUCUUUCGGUUCGGUGACGAAGGUACCGAGAAAACUGCUGGAGUUGCUAGUGGCGUGUUACGGCCGUGGUGGUGGUAGGAGAUCAGGUCCAGAAGGCAGUUGUAGCGGUUUUUCUGGGCAGCGAUACAACGUCGUCGACGCUGGUGCGACCGUUGUUCUCAUCACCGCCAGUCGUCGAGACCUGGAGAAGAUUGAAGAUAAUUAUUCGCCGAACAGUUGUGAAUGUGAAACAGUCGGAAAUUUUUCGGUUUGUUCGUCUUCGUCCUACGAAAACAUCGUCUUUCUCAACGACGAGGGAGUUCUGUUUCGUCAAAGCGACGUAAACGCGAAGGGCAGCACCAGCACAAGCUGUGACGGAGGAGACAGGACUGCUUCUGCAGCUAGUGCCCUACCAGAAACUCAACAGAAAUUGAAAUCCCUGGAACAGCACCAGCAAAACUACAAACACCUCGCCCCGCAACGCUUGAUCCUGGAAGCUUACGGGCACAAAGCCGUCUUCAUCACGCACUGCGGCUUCGCCUCGAUUCACGAAGCGAUUGCGGCUUCUGUGCCGGUGGUCUGUGCGCCGAUGUACGCAGACCAGUUCGUGCUGGCGGAGAGUGUAGUUUGCGGGAUUGGAGGAAUGGAGGAGGGGGAAGAUGAGAGUGAUCAUCUUGCCAGUAACAGGACAAGAACGAGUCCGCGUUUAGAAAGAACAAGCACAAGGACCAGCGAAAAUCCACCGCCUGCGAACCCAUCUUCUUCCGGCUUCGCUCCGUGUGGUGUGCGGCUUCCAGACAGGUGCUACAGGGCGGAUGACUCGGCACCUGACUUACACAGGAGCGAGCACGACCAUCAUACGCCAGCUGAAAAUCUUCACGAAGAGCUGCAGGCAGUGCUGUGCUCCGCAGUGCUUGAAGCUGAGUCGCUGCGAAAAAACGUGGCAAGGUUGACGGAAAAUCAAGUCGGACGUCCAGCAGCGCGGCAGAGCAGGAGUGAGGAUUCGGAAGACGGCUUUUGCAGCACAGCCUCCUCUUUGCAACCGUAUUCAACAGCGGAGGAAAGGGCAGCGGACGAAAUCUUCCGGCUGUUGUCGACUCAAACCACUGCAAAAACUGCCGUUGUCUCAUCGACGACCGGGAUAUUAAGAUUAACCAACAAGAAGGAAACGUCGGACCCAGGAAAGGUGAAUAAUUCGACGCAGCCUCCCCAGUCUGCUCCGCCAGCGCAAGCAAGGCCAAAGGCUUCCACGGUAUCGAAGGCCAUGGACAACCUCGACCUUGACAAAAUCCGUGCGCGCCUUUCGCAGGAGAAGAACUCGAAGCUUUCCACUAGGAAACGGGCCGAGGAAGCCAUGCAGAAAUUGAAAAACUGCAAGGAAUCGCUCCAGACCGAGGCGAGGAGGUUGGAAACUGAGAUUUCGAACUCCGAAAAAGUGUCAAAACAGGCUUCGAGGGAUAUCGUGAGGUUGUUUCAAUAAAAGUACGUACAAGUUCUUCUUCUUGAUGCAGAACAAGCAGCUGCAAAGUUUGUUGAAUAGAUGAACGCACUUUGGCUUGGAGGUAGUUUUUCUUGAAGAUUCUGCUGUGGUCUGUUCUUCUUUCAUUAUCGUCACCUACACCUG